ACAGCGCUCCGGUAAUCUUCCGGUGAUAAAUGGGGGAGACGGGGACCCGCCGGCAUCGAGUGGCACGCAGAGCCCCCUGAAAGUCCCAGCAUGUGAAGCACGAUGGGUCGCAUCGUGAUGCCGGAGCAAAUCGAGUCGCACAGGACAGGUAAACGCGGCAGCCUCACCUGCGAAGCCACGGCGGAGACUUUGGCCAGUGCCAGGCGGGGACGGACACAGGUACCUCAGUCCAGCAUGAAGACGAGCCGGCCAGAGUAACCCACCCACCGCACUCACUCCACAGCAGCUCUCCACCACCACACCGCCCUGCAGGGAGAAGACAGCAACCUUCACCAUGACCCGAUAAAUUCCUGCCGCUUCCUUCGGAGAGAGAGACAUCUCCCAUAACAACGGAGGAAACGAGCGCAAAAAAGCCUUUAAUUGUUUUAUUUUAAGUCCUCAAAUGGACCGAGUACCCUCGGCACUGCCCGCUAAGAUGCGCUGGAUCACGCUGGUGCUCGCGGGCUUGACUUUCUGGGGCAAAGUUACAAUUUCAAAGUGUUUCGACUACGAGGAGCCAGACUUUGAUUAUUAUGAAGAGGAGAGAGCGGAGACCAUUGACUACAAGGACCCGUGUAAAGCCGCUGUAUUUUGGGGCGACAUCGCUUUAGAUGAGGAGGAUCUGCGCAUGUUCCAGAUUGACAGAACAAUAGACCUGGCGCAACACACGCGUGCACACUCCCGACAGGGGCACACAUCUGGUGGAGUGGGAGAGCAUGAAACUGUGAAGAAAGGAUCGUUAUACCUACUGCUGGAAAGAAUACGAAGAUUUGGUUUUGAUUAUCUCCCCAAAAAUGAAAGCAAAGGAGCUACCAGUCAAAAGACCCAAACUGGGAAAGUGGGGAAUUCUGGUAAAAUGGUGAAGAGUCGUCUUCCUCGAGCAGCCACAUCCCGAGCUGAGAGAAUAUGGCCCGGGGGAGUAAUUCCCUAUGUCAUCGGAGGAAACUUUACUGGUAGUCAGAGGGCCAUGUUCAAACAGGCCAUGCGUCACUGGGAGAAGCAAACGUGCGUAACUUUUAUUGAGAAGACGGAUGAAGAAAGCUACAUAGUCUUCACCUACAGACCCUGCGGGUGUUGUUCCUAUGUGGGCCGCCGUGGCAACGGACCCCAAGCCAUCUCCAUAGGAAAGAACUGUGACAAAUUUGGCAUUGUGGUGCACGAACUUGGCCAUGUCAUAGGCUUCUGGCAUGAGCACACGCGACCUGAUCGUGACGAUCACGUGACCAUAAUCCGGGAUAACAUCCAACCAGGUCAGGAAUACAACUUCCUCAAGAUGGAGCCAGGAGAAGUGAACUCUCUCGGGGAACCUUAUGAUUUUGAUAGCAUCAUGCACUACGCCAGGAACACCUUCUCACGCGGCAUGUUCCUCGACACCAUCCUUCCAUCCAGAGAUGAAAACGGGGUCAGGCCUGCUAUUGGCCAGCGAACAAGGCUCAGCAAAGGAGACAUUGCACAGGCAAGGAAGCUGUAUAGAUGUCCAGCGUGUGGGGAAACACUCCAAGAGUCGACUGGCAACUUCUCAUCUCCCGGUUACCCCAAUGGAUACCCUUCAUACACACACUGUGUCUGGAGAAUAUCUGUUACACCUGGAGAAAAGAUUGUUCUCAACUUCACCACUAUGGAUCUGUAUAAAAGCAGCCUGUGCUGGUAUGACUAUAUUGAGGUCCGGGAUGGAUACUGGAGGAAAGCGCCGCUUCUUGGUAGAUUUUGUGGAGACAAAAUUCCUGAGGUUUUGAUUUCAACUGAUAGCAGAAUGUGGAUCGAGUUCCGCAGCAGCAGCAACUGGGUUGGGAAAGGCUUCGCCGCUGUUUACGAAGCAAUCUGUGGAGGGGAAAUCACCAAGGACUCGGGCCAGAUUCAGUCUCCCAACUACCCCGAUGACUACAGACCCUCCAAAGAGUGUGUGUGGAGGAUCACUGUGUCUGAGGGAUACAACGUCGGGCUCAGCUUCCAGGCCUUUGAGAUCGAGAGACACGACAGCUGUGCCUACGACUACCUGGAGGUCCGGGAUGGCCCGCUCGAGACAAGUCCUUUGAUUGGUCGAUUCUGCGGCUACGACAAACCCGAAGACGUGCGCUCUACUUCACACACCCUGUGGAUGAAGUUUGUCUCAGACGGGACAGUGAACAAGGCGGGCUUCGCUGCUAACUUUUUCAAAGAGGAAGAUGAGUGUGCCAAGCCAGACAAUGGUGGAUGUGAACAGAGGUGUGUAAACACUCUUGGCAGCUUCAAGUGUGCCUGUGAUCCUGGAUAUGAGCUGGCCCCUGACAAGAAGAGCUGUGAAGCGGCAUGCGGUGGUCUCCUGUCUAAGUUAAAUGGGACUAUCAGCACUCCUGGCUGGCCCAAAGAAUAUCCACCCAACAAGAACUGCGUGUGGCAGGUGGUCGCUCCCACUCAGUAUCGCAUCUCAAUGCAGUUUGAGGCCUUUGAGCUGGAGGGCAAUGAGGUGUGUAAAUACGAUUAUGUGGAGGUACGAAGCGGCCUCUCCUCUGACUCUAAGCUCCACGGUAAAUACUGCGGUACUGAGGUCCCCGAGGUCAUCACCUCGCAGUAUAACAACAUGAGGAUCGAGUUCAAAUCGGACAACACUGUCUCCAAGAAGGGCUUCAAAGCUCAUUUCUUCUCAGACAAAGAUGAGUGCAGCAAGGACAACGGCGGCUGCCAGCACGAGUGCAUCAACACAGUGGGCUCUUACGUUUGUCAGUGUCGCCAUGGCUUUGUACUGCAUGAGAACAAACAUGACUGUAAGGAAGCUGAGUGUGAGCAUAAGAUCCACAGCCCCAGUGGGACCCUGAGCAGCCCUAACUGGCCAGACAAGUAUCCCAGCCGUAAGGAGUGCACCUGGGACAUCACAGCCACACCGGGACACAGAGUCAAGAUUACCUUCAACGAGUUUGAGAUCGAGCAGCAUCAGGAAUGUGCUUAUGACCAUCUGGAGGCCUUCGACGGCGAAAGCGACACAGCAGCCAUCUUGGGCCGAUUAUGUGGCAGUAAGAUCCCGGAGCCGCUGGUCUCCACUGGUAACAAGAUGUACCUCCGCUUCAUCUCUGAUGCUUCGGUACAAAGGAAGGGUUUCCAAGCCACACACUCCACAGAGUGUGGAGGUCGUCUGAAAGCAGAGGCUCACCAGAAGAACCUUUACUCGCAUGCCCAGUUUGGUGACAACAAUUACCCGGGUCACACCGACUGCGAGUGGCUGCUGACCUCAGAGGAGGGCUACGGCAUCGAGCUCAGCUUCAUAACGUUUGAGGUGGAAGAGGAGGCCGACUGUGGUUACGACUACAUCGAGCUGUAUAAUGGAUAUGAUGCCGACUCGCACCGGCUUGGCCGCUUCUGCGGUUCAGGGCCCAGAGAGGGGAUUUACUCGCCUGGAGAUGUUAUGCUGAUCCGUUUCCAUAGUGACGACACAAUCAGCAAAAAGGGCUUCCACAUCCGUUACACGAGCACCAAGUUCCAGGAGAAUCUUCAUGCCAGGAAAUGACCGUAGAUCCAUCCCAUGACAUCAGACCUCCGUGCAGCUUCAGCCACUUACCCUGACCGUCGCCACGGCAAUGAGAAAACUAGAGAUAAUCCCGGUUUCUCUGAGCCUCAGACAGACGCAGACGUUGGCCUGCUACCAGAGGGAGGACGGUUUCUAAUGUGAAUAUUUGUCUCCCUCUAUGGUUCUACACUGGUCAUCACAUUCUGAGAUUGGACACGAAAAGAUGACAAGAGAAGAACUUGGCUGAAGUUUGCAUGAGCCCUUUUCACGUGCGGGACGGGUUUGAUGACUGCAUAUCAGGUUUCUCUGUGGAGAAGCUGCGGGAGAUCCACAUCAGUUACGGAGAUACUCAUGGUUGCACAAAUAAAAGCAAAAGACAUGCAAACACACAAAGACGAAACUCAUAUUCCCAAUUAUAAACUAUGGAUGCUACAGAAACUAAAAAAUGCAUCCAAAAAAAAGGGAGUGCAGAGCCUUUUGUGACUUCUCGAUCCUUGAACUGUGCGACUUACUGUUAUCGGACGGCUGCUUUACACCCACAGUAACUCAAAAGAAACUGCUGACAGACAUUUUCAUUGCCUUUGAUGGCUGGCCACUUCAGCCCAGCUCCGAACGGCUGCAGAUUAUUUUAUUUCUUUGUAUUGUAAAACCCAUUGUGUUUACUGUAUGUGUGCGUGUUUGUGUGUGUGUGGAGAAAAGAACAAGCAAAACGCUCAAGCCUGUCCUUUACCCUUUUUCUUUUUUUCCCCUUUUCUUUUUUGCUUAAAGCUUUUGCAGAAAACCAUUAAGGAGUGGAAUGAAAAGAACAAAUAAAAAUGCAGAGUUUCAAAAUAAUCUGUGAUGUUGAUGUAAAGCCAUGCAUUUCAUUUGUGUUUUUUUUUUUUUUUUGAGUUUGCACCAUCCUGUAACGAACGUAUUUCACUGAUAUUUCUUGUUUCCCUUCCUCCCCAGUAAAGAGUUUUUUUUUUGUUUAUUAGUGGAUAUAAGAAGGGAAUAUUUUUCACAACUGUCUCUUGCUAGAGAGUGAUAGAAGGAGAGACUAACAUGGUGCUAAACUAAAACUGAAUGAAGGUUUCCAAAUGGAGAUGCAGCCAGCGUGUGAGCAGCACGCUGCAUCACAGCUCUAGUCCUAUGGAACUACAAUAAUGCCUUAGAGCCAAAUGUAUGCUUUCACAGGCUGCUCCUGUGCUCUCGCACAGGUGUCCUGUUGUAUCAACAAAGUGUUAUAAAGGUUUUAUGGCUGAAUAUUUCAUUUGUUUAGAGAUACUGAAUGGUUUUAUUGUAAAAAGUAAUAACUUGGGAAGUGCAGUAUGUUUGCGAGGAGUCAUGUCUAACAGUGCAUGUGUGUUUGUGACACUUUUUUGUAGCUGCUCUCAGAUAUACACACUCUCACACACACACAUGGCCUCCUCAUGUCUUAGUGUAUUCUCCUGUCCAUAUUUGAACAUCUGAAUAUUGUGUAUUUGGAGCAUGAAGAGGAAGAAACGGACAAUAAUGGAAUCAAUAUCAGCUGCAUUGUUUCUGUGUUGACUUCAAGGUGUAAGUGUGUGUGUUGUGGCUGAUUACAGGGAAAUGUGUGUGUGUGUGUGUGUGUGUGUGUGUGUGUGUGUGUGUGUGUGUGUGUGUGUGUGUGUGUGUGUGUGUGUGUGUGUGUGUGUGUGUGUGUGUGUGUGUGUGUGUGUGUGUGUGUAUAUAAGUUCUCCUUGUUCAAGUUGAAUUUUUCAUUGCUGUACGUGCCAAGCUCCAGGUGAUCCUGAUCUACUCUAGUUUUUGUUUUACCCCCCCACCCCCACAUCCGUGUCUGUAGCUCAGAGACUCUGAUGCCACAUCCUCCGCAUCAUUCAUUAAAAUAGACAGAGAUUCAAA